CUCUAGGUAUGUUUAACGCUGUUCGUGAAAAGUAGGUUUGCACGAAGCUGAAAAUUUUAUAUAUCCAUGUCGUAGAAAAUUAAAAAAAAUGGAAGAAACAAAUUCCGUGCAAAUUGCUAAACAUUGAGACGUCAGAUUGAAGAUACUAUCGUUAUCGCAAGAAGAGGAGGAGCAGAAGAGAGAUAAAUAAAUAAACUUUAAUAAGAAGCAUGGAAGCGGAACCAUUGGAUUUGGAAGAUGGUGAAAUCGUGGAUGAUGAGCAAAAUGAUGUCUUUGAAACGUAUAAAAUUUUGGAAAGACCUCAUGUAGCACCUGUCACAGAAACGUGUACAAACAUGCGAUACAAUGAUGAAUCUGAUAACUCUGCAGAUUCUGAAAGUGAUUCUGAUUCGGAUUCCACUCAUUUAAACGUCAAAAGACCUAAGCUUAAAUUGAAAAAGCAUAGUUUAUCGAAGAACUGGCCAAAUAAAAAUGAUAAAUAUAAAGUAUGGUGUAAACAAAUGCAGGAAGAAUCGUUGACUGAGGACUUAAUAUCGUGUGGUGUUACAAAGAAAUUGUAUCAGGAACGUAGUGUCGAGAGUUAUAAUUUUACUUUGCGAUAUAACGAUGGAGAACCUUGUAAUAAUAAUAGUUCCGAUGAUGAAAAGGAUGUUGAACAAAGAUUUACUAAUAAGAGAACAAAUUCAGACAGACAUAAUGUCAAACUUAGGCUAGGGAAAAGGAAAAACUCCUCCAUGGAUCUUGACAAUCAGAAAGGCUCUGUUAGAAUAGUAGCAGAUUUAUCUACAACUGUGGAUUCAACAGAUGCUGAUGUUGCUACAGAUAUAACAACUAAGCUCAGUGAGAGAAAAGAGCUUCUUAUAAGACGAGUAGUGGAUAUAAUUGGAAAAGAGAAAGCCAUUGAGUUUUCAAAAACGAAAAAAAUCGAAGAGGAUGGUGGAAUCUUAAUAAUGAAUGGAUCUCGUAGAAGAACUGCUGGUGGAGUAUAUUUUUGGUUAGUGAAAAAUGAUAAACAUAUUCCUCAAGAAAAAAUAAGAGAAAUAUUUUACCAUGCAAAAGAGAGUAGCGAGCAGAGGAAGAAAGCUAAUGACGCAAGACAAAAAACACAGGAAUUGAUGAAGAGCUUCGAAAAUAAAUGAAAAGAUUUGCCGACUUUAUUAACAAGGGCGGAACUCUCUACAAGACAAAUUGCAGAACAAGCAAGACUACGACGUGGUGAAGGCAUGGAUAGAGUGCCAUUAGAUUCAGAUCGCACGGUAUCGAAUCCUCCACCUAGCCCCGUAACGGAUGAUCCAGAUCAUUCUGAACAAUCGUUGACACAGAGACAUGUUCAAGAUUAUGCCGAUGAUUUUCUUGAUAUUGGAGCGGAUAUAGAUUAUAUGGAAGUACUUUAAGAAUCGAUUUUAUAUUUACACAUACCCUGAUAGUGUAACUUGUACAAAUAAAUAAUUAUAAUCUGUUGCACACGAAAGAAUAGUA